UAGGAAUAUGUGAAAAUAUCCCUGAUUAUAACACUUGUGGAAAUAGUAGACCACCCGGUUUAUUAAUUGAUAAAAUUGAUUUUAUUGAUGGAAGAUUUAUUGCUCUCGAUAAAAGAUUUUAUGUAUAUAAUUUGUUACAACAAGAGAAAACGUUUAAAUCUUUAAAUUUAUUAGAUUUUUCUUUAUAUUUGAAACUCGUUUCUUAUCACCCAUUUACUUUAGAUUCAACUUAUCAACUAUCAAAUGAUAUAACUUUAACAAAAUUAUUGUCACCCUUUAAGAUUGAUCUUUAUCUUGUUAGA